AUGACAGCAAACAUAUUCCGCUCGCAGCGCCUCGUCUAUCGCGCCGUCGAAGACAGCCCCGAAGAGGAGGCCUUUCUGCACCGCAUCACCACCGACAUUGAGGGCUUUGCCAACUCGAACGUCGGCCUCUCCAAACCGCAAAACAAGGAGAGCACAAAGGGCUGGAGGAAGUAUCUGACCGAGAAGACUCUCAUAUCUGCCAUCUUCUGCGUCACUUCCUUGACCGAUCCCGAAUCGACGCCGGAGCCCAUUGGCGUCGUCACCCUGACCGGCACUUCGCCUCACAACGCUCAUCAUCGCAACGCAAACAUCAGCGUCGAUGUCCUCCCCUCGCACCAGAGGAAAGGCUACGGGAGCGAAGCCAUUCAGUGGGUCCUCCAAUGGGGGUUCCAGAUGGCGGGUUUGCAUCGCAUCGGCAUCGAAAGCUUUGAGUACAACGAGGGUGCUGGACGUCUCUACGAGCGGUUAGGUUUCACGCUCGAGGGCAGAAAGCGAGACUACCUGUGGUUCAAUGGGGAGUGGCAUGACAUGCUCGGCUUCAGCAUGUUAGAAGACGAGUGGAGAGAGCUGCAGAAGGUGCAGAAGACAGAUUGA